GGCAUCACCCCGAAGAGAGAGUCGAGAUUCGAAAAGGGAGAAGAGAGAUGAGUGGCAGAGGAGGCCGAUGUUGUUCGAGAGACAGAGAUACCACACUUUCACGCCCUUGAGGAAAGACAUGACGGAGGUCCUCGAGGCCAUGGAGCAGAAGAUGUCGAGUGAGGAUGUGACUUGGUCGAAGACGAGGUUUACAGGCCCAAUUCGACCUAGGUCGGAUAUUUACUGUCGCUAUCACCAGGAUUAUGGUCACACCACGGAGAAUUGCAGAUAUUUGAAAGAUGAGAUCGAGAGGCUGAUUCGAGCGGGAUAUUCGAAAGAAUUUGUGUAUCAUGACCGGGUGAAAGGGAAAGGUAGGAGAAGGUGUAGGGUGGAUUCGGAAGAAAGGAGUGAUAGACAUGAGAAGGGAGAUGGCAGAGAUGGUCGAGACGGUCGAGGAAAGAAGCCAAGGAGAGAUGGCGAUAAAGAGAGGCAUAGAGGAGAAGCCCCGGUGAAGAGAGGGACGAUUUACAUGAUUUCUGGUGGGCCAACGGAUGGAGACUCGAAUGGGGCCAGGAAGGAGCAUGCUCGAGCUGUGAAGAGGAAGAGAGAGGAGGUGGGGAUUACGGCUCGCAUGGCGGUCAUAAGUUUUAAAGCAGAGAAUGCCGAGGGAGUGGUCCUACCGCACAACGACGCUUUGGUGAUAACCGCGGAGGUUGCAGGCUUCAACGUGAAAAGGGU